UAAUUUAGAUGGGCAGUUGUGAGCAGUAAAAAUGGAAGGUUCGGUGUAUGUGGAGACCUUAUCCAAAGAUCUUUUCAAUGUGGUUCUGAAGAAACACGAGAUGGACUCCAAAACCGUCGAGAGGGACAUAGACACAAUUUUGGAGUGGUUCGAGACUCGGCCACAUCUUCCCAGGAAGUUUGGGAGGAGGGUGAUCUUUUCAUACCUGCUAGUCUCCAAAGGGUCAGUCGAAAGUGCCAAACAAAAAAUCGAUAGUUACUUCACAGUCAGGAGCAAGUUCAAGGACAUUUUUGGGCACUCAAAUCCCAAGGACGAGAAGAUGUUGACGUUUGAAAAAAAUGUGUGUUGUGUUCCAUUACCAAAAAUCAACAAGGACCUGGCCAGAGUGAUGAUACUCAAAGUCCAAGCCAGGUGCGACGUCUUCGACCCAGUUGCAGCCUUUGGAUACAUCUACAACGUGGUUGACUUAAGACUAAGGGAAGACUUUUGUAAGGGGGACCACUUGAUCUACGACACCACCCACAUCAAACCUCAACACUUGGCCAAUUGCAGUCCAUUGUUCAUUAAAAGGAUGGUGGAAAUUGUUGAGAAGACCUUGAAGAUGAGUGUCAAUGGUCUACAUAUUGUUAAUGCUCCAGCUUUUGUUGUAAACUUCUUUAACAUGGUCAAACCUUUUUUGAAACCCAAAGUUGGCAACAGAAUUGUCUUCCACAAGACUUUGGAGUCAUUGUAUGACUACAUUGAUAGAGAUAUCCUGCCUGUGGAGUAUGGAGGCAACGAAGUUAGUUUAGACGAGUUGCAAAAAAAGCUGCACAAAGCCUUCGACCAUUACCAGGACUAUUACGACGACAGAGAUUUAUGGGAGGUUAACGAGGAGCUGCGACCGGAGAAGAUAAUCAACGACGACUUCUACGGCUAUCAAGGAAACUUCAAGAAACUGGACGUCGAUUAAUCCAAUCAAACUUUCACUCUCUUUUGACAUUGUGUUCGUUUCAAUAAAUAAGGCAAACCAAUACAACAAAGCCGUUAUUUGUUUGAUAAAGUUCCGCCACCUUGAAAUCCAUCAGAACGGGAAAUCAACCAAAAAAAAAAUAAAAAGAAAUUUCCCUGCAUUAAUUCAUCCGCGAGUGCGACUUACAAAAACUACUUAGCCUUAAUGAAUAAGUUCCCGUGGCAUUUUUGUUUAUCCGACGGAAAAACUCCGACGAAACUUUUCUGUCGGUUUCGCGGGAAAGUUGUGUUUGCUGAAAUAAAAUCGGACGUGGGAGUUGUUCGAUAAAGUUUCGCCGAUUUUUAAAACAUUCCCCACAUUAUCUCGUAAUGAAUGAUAACGUUGGCAUUCCCUUCGGACCCCACAUCAUCUAGACUGUCGAUUGUUUUAUUCAUCUUUUUUUUGCGGGGUGGGGGAUUUUAUAAAUUGUUUCAUUCUGAGCUUAUCAUCAAUAACUUCAAACGUCACAUGAAAAGCAACGUCAUAAGAUGCGCGUCAUCGUGGUCGUGUUCGUCACGGUCGUUGUGUUAAACUGCGACAACUUGCCGAGCCAAGGAAGUGGAGGCUUCCAUAGUUUGGGUAACUACAAUCAUCUGUCAUGGAGACGCUCCCGCUUCGGAAAGGCUCGAACUUGCCGCCAAGAAAUUAUGACGUCGGGCAUGCGCAAACGAUACUCAAAGGUCGCCAUCAUCCGUAGACGUGUGUUACUACUGGAUGAAAGCACUAACAUUUUAUAUAUACCUUGGAAGAGCGGAGGGAAUGGUAAGAAGAUGAUAUUCAAACCGGCUCCUCUGCAGCCUUAUUCUAGAAUCACAACAACGACACCUUAUAAUUCUUAUGACAAUGAGGAAGCGAAGCUGAUCAAACAAGUAUUGGAAAGGCAGAAGGUGUACGAUUACGAAGUAAGGAAGACCAAAACCGGAAUUGGAAGCAACUACAACGAGUUAUGCCUUCUGAUUUUGAUAAUGAUUUAUUUUGCUUUGUAUGCAAUUAAGGUCUCAUAAAAUUAUGAAGAAGUCUUGAGUAUUAUAAUAAAUUUUAGUUAAUUUA